AUUUUCGACUUGAACCAAUGAAGAACAUAAUAAAUCCAUCAGACGGAACAAAUAUGUUUAAACACUUGGUCCCAAUCGUAGAUUUGUUGGUAGCGUCGCGAAGUAGUAAACUUUACGGGACUCAAUCGAGUACCUUUUCCGGUUAUGCGAAAAGGUUGAACGAUAUUUUUCGCGAGCAGAAGGGAAAAGGAAUAUGA